UUAAUUUAAUUUUGUUACACUUUACAGAUUUACUAAUGGAGAGCCCUGAAAGAUCAAUCAGAUCCCGAUCAAGAUCAAUCGAUAGACUAUCUAGAAAUGGAUUCAAUCGUGGUGCAAACACACGACCAGUCUCUAGAAGUAGGAGUAGGACCAGGAGUAGGAGUAGAAGCAAAAGUAGAAGUAGAAGUAGAAGUCCUAUCUCAUUAGUUGCGCCUAAAUCAAGUGAUUUAAGAAGAUAUUCCCCUGCGCCCGGAGAUGUUUCUAGAUCCAGAACGAAAUCAAGAUCUUCAGUGGCAGCUUCUAAACCAUUGAAACUGCAGGAUCGAGAGCGUGAGAAUCCCAACCCCUCAAGAUGUAUUGGAGUAUUCGGUCUCAGUUACUCCACCACAGAGUCAGACCUGAAGCAUGAGUUCGGGAGGUUUGGUCGGCUCGACAAGGUUCAAAUAAUCAAGGAUGGACCUACGAGAAGAUCUCGCGGUUUUGGUUUCGUCUACUUCGACGAACUUGAAGACGCCGCUGAAGCUAGACGGAAAAUGAACGGAGUUAAGAUUGCCGAUCACACAAUACGAGUUGAUUUCUCCUUGACCCGGAGACCACACAAACCAACUCCAGGGGUUUAUAUUCAUCACGGCAGGCCGACCAAACCUGCCGAAAGACUAGAUACGGCGUAUAGAGGCGGAGAGGGAAGACGGAAUGAACGAUCAAGGCGUAGAUCUCAACCCAGAGACUAUUAUAGGGAGGGACACAGAGACUACUUCUCAAAGGACUACUUUGAAAGGGAUUAUGAUCCACGAUAUCAAGAGCAGGAAAGAUACUAUAGACACUCACGUCAUCGACAAAGAUACAGUGAACCAUAUUAUGAGGAUCGGUAUUCCAGGGAUUACACGGAUAGCUACUAUGACGAAAGAUAUUAUAGAGAUAUGGACACGGACAGAUAUUACUCGAUGAAGGACAGAUAUUACGGAUCGUCUUCAUACGACAGAAUUUCAACUGAAUCCAGGUCCAGACGGUCACCUAGUCCACUACCAGUACUGAGGGCACGACGCUCACCUUACCCAUCUCAGAGACAAAGAUCAAGAAGUCCGUUAUCUUCCACUUCCAGACUAAGAAAAUCCUCUGGAUCCUUACCCCUAAGAUCACGUCGGUCCGCUAGUCCUUUGCUGAGAAGACUUACUAGAUCUCCUAUUCCUUUGCCUUCAAGAUCCAGAAGGUCCAGUCCAUUUCCUUCCGACUUUAUGCGGUCACCUGGUCCAUUGUUGUCUAGAUCAAGAAGUUCUUUAUCUCCCCCAAUUGCUCCUUCAUUAGAACGAUCAUCUAGUCCCUCUCCACUACCCAGGCAAUCUCCCUGUUCAACCACAGCAAGAAGGAAGAGAAGUCCUGAAUCCAGAUCAAGAGUUUCACAAUCUGGACCCUCCAUGAUGUCAAGAAGUUCCUCUGCGAGGUCCAGAAGUCCCCCACCGGCAAGGGAAAGGCCUCGAAUACGUCGUUUCUAAAUUUAGGCAGAAUUUUUUUAUAUUUUCAAUUUUUCGAAAGUUAAAAUUUGCCAAUUCUGAAAUAUUAUAAAAAAAUAUUAAUUCUGAAUUUAGUUUGAAAUGAUCUGAACGAAUUGUAUAUAUUGUGAUCAAACUCACCCACCCGUAAAGAGCUGCCCCGCACACUUGAACUCAAUUCCUUCCCAGGAAAAGACCAGGACCUUUGUUUACACCAUAUACCUUUAAGCACAAAGCUUUUGUUGCACUUGAUAUUCAUACUUGCUUUUUUUAACUAGUGAAUAAUCAUGGUAAAGAUUUUGAAUAAAUAAAAAAUAUUUGCUAAAAAUUU